UGGGCGUUAUGCCCGGUAGUAGAUAUAAGAUUAUAUGGCGGGUGUCAGCAGCUUCCUAUAGACAUGCACAUAGCUGGUGUUAUCUGCGCUGUCCUCUAUCCCCAUUAUACAGUUCUCAUUGGGAGGCUUGGAGCAGGAUAGAAAAUAUACUCCUCCUAUACUAAGCAGAAUUCAGAUCAGAAUUUGUUCAUCUGGGUUUGGUGAAGAAUGGCAGCAGAUAAAGCAGGGGAACAGGGCACAGAAAAAAAUGAGGCUUCUGCCAACUGUUCAGGCAUCUCUGAUCAAGAAAAAGAGCUGUCCAGGUGUUCUUUCCAGGCAUUCAUGGCAGGAAACUAUGAAGCUUGUCUUCAGCAUCUUGGUGAACUAAAAGAAAUUAACAAGGAUGAUUACAAAAUAAUGCUGAAUAUGGCAGUCACUGAGUUUUAUAAAAAUAACCAGACUACAACAGACAACUUUAAACAGACACUAAACCAGCUAAGAAAUGAGGUCCAUUCAGCUGUGGAUGAGAUGGACAGCUUAGAUGAUGUAGAAAACAGCAUGCUUUAUUACAACCAGGCUGUCAUCCUGUAUUAUCUACGUCAGCACAUGGAAGCCAUUGCCAUUGGAGAAAAACUUUAUCAGUUCAUUGAGCCCUUCGAAGAGAAAUUUGCACAUGCUGUGUGCUUUCUUCUGGUUGACAUAUACCUUCUAACUUAUCAAACUGAGAAAGCCUUACAUCUUUUGGUGGUUCUAGAAAAAAUGAUCCUGCAAGGCAGCAACAAUAAUAAAAAUGGUAAAAACAAUGAGACCAACAAUAAUAGCAAUAACAAAGAAGCCCUAAACACAAAGACUGAAGGAGGUGUUCAGUUAGAAGCUGCAAAGUCCAAAAUUCAUCAGCACAAAGUAAGGGCAUACAUUCAAAUGAAGUCUUUGAAAGCUUGCAAAAGGGAGAUAAAGUCUGUCAUGAACACGUCUGGAAAUUCUGCCCCCUCACUGUUCUUAAAAAGUAAUUUUGAGUACCUCCGAGGCAACUAUCGGAAAGCUGUGAAAUUACUGAACUCUUCCAAUAUCUCUGAACAUCCAGGAUUCAUGAAGACCGGGGAAUGUGUUCGCUGCAUGUUUUGGAACAACCUUGGGUGCAUUCAUUUUGCUAUGGGAAAGCACAAUUUAGGACUUUUCUACUUCAAAAAAGCCAUCCAGGAAAAUGAUAAUGCUUGUGCACAGUUAACAUCAACCACAGAUCAAGGGAAGAAAUUUUCGGGCAGACCGAUGUGUACGCUGUUGACGAACAAGCGUUAUGAGCUGCUGUACAACUGUGGCAUUCAGCUUCUGCACAUUGGGAGACCGUUGGCAGCUUUUGAAUGUUUGAUAGAAGCCGUUCAAGUGUACCACUCCAACCCCCGACUCUGGCUGAGAUUAGCAGAGUGCUGCAUAGCUGCUAACAAAGGGACACCUGAACAGGAAACGAAAGGUCUUCCAAGCAAGAAAGGCAUAGUACAGUCUGUAGUGGGCCAGGGUUACCAUCGAAAAAUAGUCCUUGCUUCACAAUCCGUUCAGAAUCUCUUAUAUAAUGAUGGGGAAUCUUCUGCCAUUCCAGUAGCCAGUAUGGAGUUUGCAGCUAUUUGCUUAAGAAAUGCUUUGCUUUUGUUGCCUGAGGACCAGCAGGAUGGUAGUAAAGAAAAUGGGGCAAAGAAUAGCAGUCAGAUAGGCAAUCAAGACUCCAGUGGGGAGAGCUCUGAGGCAUGCAGCAAUAAAAACCACGAAAGUGAUAAAUUUCUUCCUGCUCCACCUUCCUCACCACUGAAACGGCAGGAACUUGAAAAUCUAAGGUGUUCUGUACUUGCCUGUAGUUCCUAUGUUGCUUUGGCUUUAGGUGAUAACCUUAUGUCCCUAAACCAUGCAGAAAAACUCCUUCAGCAGCCCAGAUUGUCUGGAUCUUUAAAGUUCUUGGGGCAUUUGUAUGCCGCUGAAGCACUUAUCUCUCUGGACAGGAUCUCUGAUGCUAUCACUCAUUUGAACCCGGAGAAUGUCACAGAUGUGUCCCUUGGGAUUUCUUCGAAUGAACAGGAGCAAGCAUCUGAUAAAGGAGAAAAUGAACCUAUGGAAUCUGUGGGAAAGCAAAUGCCCCAGUGCUAUCCAAGUUCAGUCACUUCCGCUAGAACCAUGAUGCUGUUUAACCUCGGCAGUGCUUACUGUUUACGUAGUGAAUAUGAUAAAGCGAGAAAAUGUCUUCACCAGGCUGCAUCCAUGAUCCAUCCCAAAGAAAUACCACCAGAGGCUAUACUGCUGGCAGUCUAUCUAGAACUACAGAAUGGCAAUACUCAGCUGGCAUUGCAGAUAAUCAAAAGAAACCAACUUCUGCCAUCUGUUAAAAUGAUGUCUGAACUGCGAAAGAAGCCAUUAUUCCAGCCCAUCCAUCAGCCAAUGCAACCAAUUCAGAUGCCUGCAUUUACCACCAUUCAAAGGAAAUGAUGUAUGCCUUUCAUAGGACUGUCAAAUGCUCAUCAAUAAAUGGCUUAUUGGACUUUUUCUGGCAUAUCUUGGCAUUAUUUUUAGCAACAAGAAUUGAGCGCAAAGGAUUUGAUCCUUUUGAGCCAAAAAGUUCCUUAAUCUACAAUGUUUUUCCAUGUUUAAUGAAUAUUCUCAUCGUGGCAAUAAAAACCUUGCACAAGAUGUAUUCACAAGGAAAGUGGUUUCUAGGAGCUAAACAUAAGACCAGAAUAUCUUUACCUGUAAAUGCUGUGACUAGGAAUGGGUAAAUUCAUUAAACUCAAUUUAGUACGGUCCAGGCUCCAGGGCAUUUAAAAUGGUGGAUCCACAUGUGAGGGCAUGGGGCAAAGGCAAUCAUAACUUUCAAUUUUGCACCUAAAAAUCCAUGUGAUGGCUUAUUUUUUGCUCCACCAAUUCUACUUUGUAAUGACAUAAGUCAUUUUACCCAAAAAUCUAUGGCGAAAUGGGGAAAAAAAUCAUUGUACAACAAAAUUGAAGAAAAAAACACCAUUUUGUAACUUUUGGGGGCUUCCGUUUCUACACAGUACAUUUUUCGGUUAAAUUGACACCUUCUC